UUAAGACACAAAAACUAAACCCUAAGGCAUACAUACGAGUUAAAGAUGGCGAAACUCAACAAUUCCAUGGUUAUGUUUUUCGUAGUUGUAGCUUUCGCAUAUGCAUCAAUGCAUGUGAUUGCUGUCGAAGAAGGCGAACCCAAGCAACUAUGGGAUCAAUGUCUUACCAAGAUUAACCCGAAGUGUGCAUUGGAUAUAGUUGAGGGUAUUUUUGGAAACGGGACGGUCUCUGACUCUUGUUGUCCGGAACUUAUCAAAGAGGGGAAGUUGUGUUACGACACUCUCAUCAAAUACAUGACGAGCAGGCCGAUUUACAUUGCCCGCGAAGCAGAGUAUUUGAAAAAGAGUGAUGACUUAUGGACUCGUUGUGCUGCUAUUCCCACGAUAGCUUAAGUUUUCCAUCAUUUAUAUAAUAUAUAUGUGUUAUG